GAUUACAAUUUCCUGUUGGUCGUGUUCACAGACUGUUAAGAAAAGGCAAUUAUGCUGAACGUGUUGGAGCUGGUGCGCCAGUUUAUUUGGCAGCAGUAUUAGAAUAUCUAGCUGCUGAAGUAUUGGAAUUGGCCGGUAAUGCAGCUAGAGAUAAUAAGAAGACUCGUAUUAUUCCACGUCAUCUACAAUUAGCUAUUAGAAAUGAUGAAGAGUUGAACAAACUAUUGGGUGGAGUUACAAUAGCUCAAG